AUGAUGCAGCAGGUGGUGUCUUCCAAUCCACCCCAGGAGAGUAGAAUCCAUCAAACGGGCCAGUCCAUCAGGACCACCUGCCAAAACUGGGCCCUUCCAAGCAUUGACAAAGUAGCAAAAGCGUGUCUGCACGGGGGCGUCCAAUUUCUUCCGGGCAAUGAUGGUGUGUGUGGUCGCCGUUCAAAGAACACUAAGCAGGAUACCGCUAGCCAGUUGACAUCGAGCGAUAGCUUCCCACAUCGAUUUCGCCACCAAAGAAGUGGCACUCAAGACGGACGGAAAUUUCAGCCGCAAGGACCUCGUAAUGGCUCAUGCCGUCUCCAUGGAGACCCCGCCCACAGUUCAAAGCUCCCCUCCAUCAGCAGGCAUCUGAAGCCUGUUUUGCAGAAACAUCCUCAUGAAUUGCUCACCUCGCAAAUGCCAUUAGGGUUACAGAUCAAAGUAUCUGGUCAGAGGGACGGGCUAGGUAUAAGCAUCGCUGGUGGCAAAGGUUCCUUGCCUUACAAAGACCAUGACGAGGGUAUUUUUAUUUCCAGAGUCACAAGAGGAGGGCCUUCAGAAAAAGCAGGAGUACAUGUUGGAGACAGAUUACUCGAGGUUAAUAACUGCAGCAUGCAGGGAGCCACUCACUUGGAGGCUGUGCGAGCCCUGAGGAACGCCGGGAGCUGCAUUAACAUGAAAGUGCUACGGGAAGGAUCGCAAGUGAGACGGCAGGUGACAAAUAACACCUGUGAUGUUGAGGAUGCUGCUAGCCGGAGGCCGUGCAGCCACAACGACGCCAAAGGCCACAGGAGCACGUUGCAGAAGGCCGAAGACAGGGAAGACUGUUUGCCCAAGAAAAUGGAUGUGGUGGUGUGCAACGGCAAUGGCAUUAGUGAUUUGAGGAGGUCUCAGUUGGAAGCAGAGGCCUUGACCGAAAGAAAUUAUUUGCAUUCAGACAAAAACACAAUGAAAAUUCCACGGAUCAUUCUCACUCAUCCCUCCACAUCUGAUGAAGACGUGGACCUCUUGCCACAAGCUCUCACCAUAGAGGAGCAGCAUGAUGCAGGCAUUCCUGAGAAUAGUGUCCCUUUGCAAUGUUUUGACAGUGCAUUUUAUCCGCCUUGAGUGCACAGAGACUUCAAACCACUGAGAGGACUUGUGAAAGCACACUACAAAACGUUUGCUCCAAUUGUAUUAUUAUUUUUUUAAUUUCAAUUGUUGAUUCUAGUCAUUAAAUUAAAAUACUUGAUUUCCCACCAUAAA